AUGCGGACACGUGCGCAGGCCCACGACCCGUCGGCCCUCGAUGUGGCCUACCUCGCAACGACAUAUGGCGUGGAGGAGGCUGAGCUGCACGCAUUGAUCGAUGCACCUACUACCGAGCUGGUUCGCGACUUCCUCGCAACCAUCACCGGGAAGGGGGAAGAGUUCGACAAGCUAAAUGCCGACAAGCUUAAGGUCGAGGUGGAACUCGAAAACACCGUCCGCACGUCGGACACUAAAGUGAAGGCGCAGAAGGCGGCAGUGACGAGACAGACCAAAGAGAUUGACGAUCUGCGAACAAAAUUGAACGAGGCGGAGACUGCACGUGAGGCACUUGCAUCCGAGUUGGAGAAGCUGCGAUCUUCGUCCACUGGAUCGUCCGCCGAAACGCAGACCCUACGCCAGCGCCUUGAGACACUCGAAGCUUCCAACCGAGAUGCUCUCGCUCUGGUGGAGAGCAAGUCGACGGAGAAAGACCGUGUGGCCACUGAACUCUCAGAGCAACACUCCAAGCUGCUAGCACUCCGCCGCGAGAUCAGCCAGCUCGAGGAGCGCAACCAGUCAUUGGAGAAUGCGACUUCUUCACAAAAGUUCAAAGAGCAAUCGCUACAACAGGAGAUCGACCUACUCAAGCGCAACAACGAAUGGCACUCGAACGAGCUCCAGACACGAAACCAGGAGCACGCCAAAUUCCGCAAGGAGCGCAAUGCUCGUAUCUCGACCCUGGAGCGCGAGCUGCAAGAUAGCACGUCGAACGUGGAGGGACUGAAGCGCACCGAAUCUACCCUGCGACAGCGACUGGACGAAGUGCAAGGCAAGGCAGAUGAGGCUUUUGCACGCAUUGCGACCCUGCAAGAGGAAGCAGCCAGAAAGGAGCAGGACUUCAGAACCGAGCUGAGUGGCAGUAAGCGGCUUAGCGAGCUUCAAGCUCAGAAUGCUGCUACACACAAGGCUCGCCUUGCCGAGGUGCAGAGUGAACUUGAACAAGUCCGAGAGGAUACACACGAUGAAGUCUCACGUCUGCAGGCUGAGAUUGAGACCGAACGCAUGGACAAGCAAGAUGCCGAGCAAAAGGUCGCCGAGCUUGAGCUGAAGGUGGAAGACUUGGAACAGCAGGUCCGCACUGCUCGUCCGUCCACGCCUGUUCGAAACGGCUCACCGACACCAGGCACACCAAACGCUUUGUCAGGAUCUCUGCGCAAGACUGUCAACGGGCUCAGCUUCACUCAGCUCUACACACGGUACACCGAAGCACAGGAGGAGCUGGCCGCCGAACGUCGACGCACAGAUAAACUCUCCACUGCGUUGGACGAGAUUGUUCAUGACAUGGAGACCAGGAAGCCGGAGUUCGAGGACCUGCGCGCUGAGCAAACUCGUCUGGAAGGAGAAGUCCUCAACUACUCUGACAUGCUCGAAUCCGCCAACAAAGAGCGCGACCAAGCCCGCCAGGAGGUCGAAGUAUGGCAGGCCAAGGCCAAUGCUGCAGAGGUUGAGGGCGAUGUCUUGCGCCAGCAACUUCGCGAUCUGUCCGCGCAAGUCAAGGUUCUUCUGGUCGAGGUCAGCUCUCGCGAUCAGGGACUUGGGGAGCUCUCAGCCGACGAGCGUCUGGAGUUCGAGCGUGCUGCCCGUGGCGAGCUUGAAGAAGGAGUCCUCGAGUCUAUGACAGACACCGGUCGCAUCAUCCAGGAGCGCUUCGUCAUAUUCCGUAACGUGGACGAGAUGUAUUCCAAAUACAAAGAACAGCUUCAGGCUACGCGGAAUUUGGCUGAGCGAAUGGAGGGAGCGGAGGCUCUUGAGAAAGCUCGCCAAUUUGAGGCCACUGCUGCGGAGGUGGAAGAUCUACGUCGACAGGUCGCUCGAUACAAGGAUGAACUAGAACAGACUGAUAAGUCGGUUCAGAGUUUCAUGAAGGAACGAGACAUGUUCCGGCGCAUGCUUCAACAUCGCGGCCAGCUCGCGCCCGAUGCCGACCUACAGAGCAUGUUUGGACAGAGUGUCGGCCCCGGCACACCUUCACGUAACAGCAUGGCGCCGCCAGCCACGCCUCGCAGCAAGGAGACAGAAGACCUCAACAAACUGCUCAAGGAGCAACAAACAUUCUUUGAUCAGUACCGUAACGAAUCGUCCACGGAUCGACGCAUACUCAAGGAGCAAGUGGACGCUCUGGCCCGCGACAAGAGCACCUUGCAAGCCAACAUCGCAAGGGCACAAUCGCAGCUCACCCUCGCCACCGAGCGUUAUGAGAUGCUUCAGUCGAACUUCAACGCACUGCGCAGUGAGAACGGCGAGAUGCAGAAGCGCUCACAGCAAUUGGCAGAGCAGGCCGCCAAGCAAGACUUGCGCACUCAGCAAGUGGCAGAAGAGUUGGUUGAGGCUAGGUCCAUGACUGAAUCGCUUCGCAACGAAAACGCGAACGCCAGAGCUGAGAAGGAGCUCUGGAAGCGUAUUGAAGCUCGACUCACGGACGACAACAGGACUCUCAUGGACGAACGCAGUCGGCUCAACAAGUUGGUCACUGACCUGCAGAACCUACAAAAUGAGCGUGAGCUCUCGGAAUCAGAAUCUAGGCGCAGGCUGCAGAGCCGCGUGGAGAGCCUGGAGAACGAGCUCUCGGAAACGAAGAAGAAGUACGAAGCAGAGGUGGAAGAGAGCCGGAAGGCAGCCUUGCGUCGCGAGUACGAUGAGAGUCAGAACAGGACACGCAUUGACGACCUGGUCAAGAGCCUUGGGAAUACUCGUGAAGAGCUCGCAGCCGCGAAGACGGCCCGUGACAGCCUGCAGGUUAGGGUUGAUGAAAUGAAGAUUGAGCUCCGUUCGGCGGAAGAAAAGGUGACUGCUCUCCAGCCUCGGCCAACGCCGCGCCUUGAGCCAAGCCAGAACGGCGAGCAGCGGCUCAACGGGGACGAGGAUGUCCCUGCGGAGCAACGACUUGCCUUGGAGGUUGCCGAUCUACGUCGCGAACUGGAUCUGACCAAGACUGAGCUCGAGAGUGCGAAGCAGCAAGUUGAGGAAUACAAGAAGAUUGCGCAGAGCGCCGAGGACGAACUAGCCAGCUUCUCUGAAACAGCCGACAAAUACAAGGAGGACACAGAGAGUCACCUCGCAGAGAGGAACACCAAGAUACGCGAGCUUGAGAAACGUGUCGACGAGCUGAGCACGGAGCUGUCUCAGUCGAAUAGCGAGCUCUCUGACCUGCGUGGCAAGAUCGAAGACCACACUCGUGUACUCGAGCAGCACAGAACAGCACACGAGUCUGAGCUCAAGCGAGCUCAAGACUAUGCCGAUGAACAGCGCGCGGCAUACGAAGCUGUGACGGAAAAUGUUCAAGCACAAGCAGACAUCGCCAAAGACGCGCAGGCCAACUACGAUGCGGAGCUGAUAAAGCAUGCUGAAGCCACGAAAGCGCUCACUGCUGUACGCAAGGAGUACAAUGAUCUGCGUCUGGAAAUAGCUGGACUCAAGGCGGAGGCUGAAGUGGCGAAAGCCAGCCUUGAGCGUGGCGAGGAAAGCUGGGCUGAACAGCGUGAGCGGUUUGAGCAGGAGCUCGAGGAAGCCAAGCGCAAGAGACGGGAUCUAGACGAGCAGAACAAGAUUCUGCACCAGAACCUUGAAUCCUUCUCAAACGAGCUGGCUGCACUUCGCCAAGGUCGCGCCGCCGAAGGUGAGGCCCGUGAGUCUGCCCCAACUGGAAGUGGAGAAGGCAACUUUCAGGAGGUCAUCAAAUUUCUGCGCCGCGAGAAGGAGAUCGUCGACGUGCAGUACGAGCUUGUAUCGCAAGAGGCUAAGCGAUUGCAACAACAGCUGGAUUAUGCAAAUUCUCAGCUUGACGAAUCAAGACAAAAGCUGGCCGACGAGCGUCGGCAGACCGCCGACCGUGCGAACGCCGAGGGCAGCACAAACAAACUGAUGCAGACAAUCAACGAACUCAACACGUACCGCGAAUCCAACAGCGUCUUGCGAAACGACUUGGCACAAGUUCGUAACCAGCUGAAAGAGAAGGCCGAGCAAGCCGAGCAGCUUCUUGCAGAGAUGGAACCCCUCAAGGGCCGCGUUGGCGAGCUUGAAGGGGAGCUCGAGAACAAGGAGGGCGAGAUGAAACUACUUCUGGAUGAUCGCGAUCAUUGGCGAGAGCGUACCCAGAAUAUCAUCAGCAAGUAUGAUCGUGUCGACCCUGCCGAGAUCGAGGCCAUGAAGAAGCAGAUCGAGGAUCUGAAUGCCGAGAAACAGCGUCUCGAAUCAGAGCAAGCACCUCUGCGUGAGAAGGUCGAAGGGAUCGAUGCUCUUAUCGCGGAAGAGCGAGAGAAUGCGCAGAAGGACAAGAAGCAGGCGAGGGAAGGCUUCGUUGCUCAAGCAAAGGAACAAGAUCGCAAGCGCCGAGUAGAGAUCCAAGAGCUCAGGACGCAGAAAGAGGACCUCAGUACUGAACUCACACAGGUAAAAGCAGACCUGGAGGCUUUGAACACGGAGCUGGCAUCCACCAAGACACUGCUGGAGGAAUCACAGGAAGCUUCUGCUGCAAAGGCACAAACAGGCGAUGCUGAGGAAGGUCAAAUACAGGAAGACGGUUCGGCCGCUACUGGCGAAGACCAUGCCGCCCUGCACAACCGAAUCGCUUCAGCCGAAGCGGCCGCCAGCGAACAUGCUAGCCGCGCGGAGUUCUUGAACAACCAUGUUCAAACGCUCCAGGCUCGCGUCCAAGAGCUUGAAGGCCAAGUGGCUGACCUCCACAAGCAGCUGAGCGAUGCCCAAGUUACUACGACUGGGGCUCCCACGGAGAACGCGGCGGCCCUCGAGCAAUUGCAGCAAGAGCUCACGAAUGCUCAACAUGAGGUGCAGACACUUCGCGCCACUGCCCAAGCCGCACCUGCGCAAACACUUGUCAAUGCUGAGCCAGCACCAGGGGAGAAAUCUGUCGCCGACCAGGUCGCUGAAGAAGUUGCUCAGCUCCGUACCGACAUGGAGAAGCAGCACGAGCUUGCGAAGCAGGAAAUGGAGAAGACAUGUCAGGAACGCAUCAACAAGCAGAGGGAAAGUUUCAGCAAGCAGAUGCUUGAGAGAAGCAACAAGAUUAAGGCAGAUAUGCAACAAGAGCACACCGCCGAGAUUCAGCGCAUCAAGGAGGAGCAUAAUGCGGCGAUCGACAAGCUCAAGGCCGAUCAUCAAGCAGAGCUUGAUAGACUGUCUCAGCAGGGCAGCGCUGCCAUCGACAAAGCGGACAGCGAGGCUGUAGUGAAGAUUGAAGCCAUGGCUGCCGAGUCUGACUUCUCUAAGCUCGAGCUCACAGACAAGCAAGUGAAGGAUCUGGUCAGAGUUCACGAGGGUAUCAAAGCGCUUGUCACGAGAAGCAUCAAGAGUAACGUAGAGAAGCAGACUGCCACAUUGAACGAGUCUGUGGAGAGCAAGAAAGCUGAAAUUGCGGAGCUCAAGCAGAAGAUCGAGGCUCUCUCUCCCGGCGAAACUGGCGAAAUUACUGAAAGCGACAAGGUAUCUCGAGCCGAAUUGGAACAGCAGCUCGAAUUGUUGAGGAAGGAGAAGGACGAGGCUGUCGCACAGGCACAAGAGCAAGCACGCAUCGAUCAGGAGGCUGCCGUCAAACAAGCUCGACAGAAUGCGGAGCAGACUGCUGAGAAGAAGUCCGUUUUGCAGAAGAGGUUCCUGGCCACUGCCAGUGCGAAGGUCCAGAUCGUCCAGCAAGCUGCAGAGAAGACGCCGACCAAGCCGGUGAAGGAAGUCUGGGACGUCGCGUCGAAGGCCCAAGGAGCUCCGCCCACGCAAGCCAAGCAAGAUGUGCCGCCAUCGCCAUCUCAAGCCAAGCCUGCAGGUACCCUUGGACAGCCACAACAGUCCUCGAGCCCAGCACCAAACCCUCAAGCGGCUGCAUUCACGCCUUCUUCGAGUAUGACCGCGGCCAGCGCACCAACAGCGUCCGCACCAGCGCCGAAGGCUCCCGCAGCCGCUGGAGCUGGUCCAGCAGCUUUGCGUGCCAACGCUCAGUCAGGCAUCCCACAACCAGGCAGUGCUGCCUCGGGGAGCAAGCUUCCCCGUGCGGGCGGUCCACCCAGUCGCCAAGCUAGCAUCGGCGGCCCCGGCGGUGUGCAAAUUCAAGGCGCAGCUGGUGCACAACGUGGUGGAGGCGCGACAGGUCUUCCUCGAGGUGGAGGUCCCUUCACUCGUGGUGGCCGUGGCGGUUCCCGUGGGGCUGCGACUGCUGCCAACGCAGGCCAGAAGCGUCAGCACGAUGGUGCAUCUCCUGCUGGCGGAGACAACAAGAGAACGAGAGGUGGUCCGCCAUCCGGUGGUGCUUCAUAG